AUGCAGCCUCCUCUCCUCCUCUCCUCCUCUCCUCCUCUCCUCCUCUCCUCCUCCUCCUCGCUGCCGCGGGUUCAGCUUUACGGCAAUCUCUGCACGAAAUCAGACGCGAUGCAAGCAGGAAUCAGGGGGAUGAGAUGCAAACUUGUUGAUCCGGAAGCUCUUCUAGACGACCAGUUCAACUUCAAGAAUCUUCCAUCUGGCAUGCAUCUUCACUCUCAGCUCCUUGCCUCGCGCCCCAACGCCCUGGAGGAUGCGGUUCCCUUCAUCCAACAGGCUCUUGCCCUUCUCAAUACCACAGAUUCCGUUUCGGCACGAGCUGCUGACGUGGAGUUGCUUCUUGGGAACGCAAGAGCGCUCCUACCCGAGUGCUUGACCGGACAGGUUGGGCCGGGCAACUGCGACAGCACGUGCGGGAACUGGUCGGCGUACUUCCUCCUGCCCUUCUUUCUCUUCAUCGGCGUGUACAUCAUGCUCAACUUGGUGAUCUCGGCCCUUCUCCGCAACUACUCGGCCGCCUGCUCCUUCUCCUCCUUCGCCGACCAAUACGUCAUCUUCGAGCCUAUGGGACCCAAGCUCACCAAGCGCCAGCUGCUGCAGGUGUUGAAGAAGUGGAGGAAGCAAGCACGACUGAGAGACUUGUAUGUCAACGAGCUCAAGGAAGCGAGAAGAAUGGCGUUAGUCAUGCGUGACCAACUGAUCGACGCCAUCCAGCAGGGCAGCAGGCAAACUGCUCGUGAACUGCUUGAAGACUUGGGGAUGGACAGGCUGGAGUCGGAGGGAGUGAAGGAGAUGCUGCUGGAUCUGAGUAAGAUGACCCGCGAGAUGUCCAAGGAAAGACAUUCGCAAAGUGGCAGGUAG